GUUCACGCACUGCUCACUUCUGUCUCCCUCAGGUGGGGAGCGCUCGGGUCCCGAGGUCGCAGAGGUCGCUGCCGCGGGGGGCCAUGCUGGGAACAGAGGGGCAGUAGAGGCCCAGAGGUCGUCGCUGUACCCUGAGCACGGAGGGGUCUGGGCCAGAGCCGUGGAGAGCCAUGGAGAGCUUCACAGAGUCACUAAACAGGCUGAAAGAGGUCCAUGAGAACGAGGUCCGAGGCCUGCAGAAUAAGCUUCUGGAGCUGGACUCGGAGAGAUGCCGGGACGCGCAGCGGGUGGAGGAGCUCUGCACCAAGAACCACCAGCUCCGGGAGCAGCAGAAGGCGCUGAAGGAGAACGUGCGAGUGCUGGAGAACAGGCUGCGGGCUGGCCUGUGUGACCGCUGCAUGGUCACCCAGGAGCUGGCCAGGAAAAAGCAGCAGGAGUUCGAGAACUCCCUCCUCCAGAGCCUGCAGCACGUCUUCAUCCUCACCAACGAGUUGAAUCGGCUGCAGGGGGAGAACGAGAAGUUGAAGGAGGAGGUGAAGCGGCUUCAAGGCCCACGGCUCAAGCCCCAAUGUAGGGAGGGUGCCUCAGACCCCCCCUCACCCCUGCUACUCCCCUCCCCGGGCGCUCGGAAGGCCAUCAAGGAAAAGACGCUGGAAGGCCAGGAGGAGGCCCAGGAUGACCAUCCAGGUGCGAGUCCCCAGAGACAAGGUGCUCGGAGGGACAAGAGACCAGAAAGCUGGACCCUGCAAGAUCGCGGAGCCCUGGGGGUUGGGGGGGCUGCGCCGCCCACCCGUCGGAGGGCCUCCCAAUCUGGCCUGCCUACCACCUCUCCUCCCACAGAAAAGUCUACAGGGCACAGGACAUCUCCAGUAGCCAAAAUCUCCCCGAGUGCCAACCUGCCUGAGACUCGGGCCCCGGACGUGAGCCCCCAGCGAAUCUCCAACCAGCUUCACGGGACCAUCGCUGUGGUGCGGCCCGGCUCCCAGGCCUGCUCCACCGACCAGGGCCCCACCAACGGGACCCCCCCGCUGCCACUGACCAGGAGCAGCCCGCCCAGCCCGCCCUAUGAGCAUAGCCUCCCUCUGGACAGCUUUCUGCCGGCCUCCCGGGCCCCCCGUGAGUCCCUGAAGCGCUCCCUCCAGGCUGACCACCUCUUCCUCCUGAACCACCACCUGUCUCUGCACCUUCAGAGCCCGCCCUGCAGCCCCCAGGCACCCCCCACCAUCCCCCGUGGCCCCCGCCCCCAGGGCCUGAAGGCUGGGGAGGCAGAGGCCUGGGAGGAGUCGGCCGGCCUGCUGGGGCUGCCCAGGGCCCUGGUGGAUGUGCGGGACCCUCGGCUGGAAGGGGCGCUGCACCUGCUCCUCUCUCAGCAGCUGCGGGCCCAGGGGCGGAGGGUCAGCGCCCGGCGGAGGGGCCCACCCACGCCAGGGGGGACCCCACCCUCCCCACCAGUCAGCUCUGACUCGGAAGGUCCCCAGGGAGAGGCAGCUGAGGCAGCCCCGUCUGGAGGGGGACACACACAGCCCACAGGCCCAGGCAGCCCCAGGGGACAGGAAGCCACAGCCACAAGAGACCACGUCCCAGACAAGCCCCUGGACCUUUCAGAGCGGGGCCGGGGCCGGGAUGCCCCAAAGCCUCCCGACCGGCAGGGCUCCCGCAGCCCUCCAAGUGCCCACACUCCCAGCCCGGAACCAUCCCGAGGAGCGGAGCCCCCUGCCCAGUCUGGACCCUGGGAACUCAGCAACGGCACAAAGGGAGCCAGAGCUCCAGAGUCACAAGAGCCCCCCACCCCUGCGGGUCCCUCCCCACCUCUAACAGGGCACCAGCGAAACACGCCCUCUCCAAGCGGGACAGGAGUGGAGCUGAAAAGGAGGCCAAAACCUCCUCCCCACCCACACGGGCCUGAUGCUGAUGGUCCCCCUGGCAAGGAGCUCAGCAAGGCCGGCGAGCGGGCGCUGGAGGCAGACGACCUGGACGCGUCGGAGCCCUCGGACAAUGAGGUGGGCCUGAGCUCCGAGGUGGGGGCCGAGCCGAGCACGCCAGGGGAGGGGCCCAGGUGCUCCUACCCCAAGGAGCGCGGGCAAGGCCUGCCGCAGAAGAGGAAACGGGCCUCGGGCCCAUGGUGCAAAGCCUCCAAGAAGCCGUCACCGGGGAGAAGGAACCCAGGGGAGCCCCUGGCAGCUCAUGAGGGGUCCGGGAGCCCAAGGCACCCUGAGGACAGCAGCCCCUCACCCAGCCUCAGCAGCUGGGAGGAGACUUAGCGGGCUGCUCCCAGGGGCACCAGAGCCUGCCCAGACGCGGCUCCCCACCUGACAUCCAGCCCAGCAGACGGCCCAGCACAGGGCAGGAGGGGACUGGGUCCUGGCCCGUGGCCACAGGGGCUGGGAAGGCCAAGAAGGGGUCUUUGGCUGGUUUUUUGGACCCCUCCAUCUCUACCCUUCUCAGAAAUGACCAGCUGGUCCUGCUGCUCCCCCCACACCCUAGGAAGUAGGGUUCAGGGAGGCAGGGGUCACUCAGGCUCCAGCCCAGCCCAGCCCCCACCCCGGCUACUCAUAGGCCACCCUUCCUGGGCAGUGCCCCCACCUCUCACCAUCCCAGACUCCACUGGCAUCCCUGACUCCCAGGGCCCUGCUGCCCAGUCACCCUUCCCUGACCAGCAUGGAGCUUGAACGGUGGUCUCAGGCGCCCCCUUGUGGAGCCCCACAAAACGCUGGCUGGGAGGGCGUGGGCACCCGGGAUCACAGGUGUCGAAGACGGCAUGUUCCACAGGGCUGAGCUGGGUCUCCACCUGCCUUUGCAGGGGAUUUGCGAGGCUCUGGAACGCAUCCAGGCCUGGGGAACAAAACCAGCCCCAUCUGCAGAGGGGUACCACUGGGGAGGGCUGCGGGGAACAGAACAGAAAAUGCACACCAGCCUGCAAAGAGUCCCCUCCUCACUGGCUGUUCCAGAAGCCCUGGUCCCACACCUGCCGUUGCAGGCCCUAGGGCGCCCAGCCAGGACUGCCCGGCAAGCACUCCGGGAUCUCCUGCUCCCUGCACCGGUCUCCCUUCAGGACGGUGUGUCUCAGAGCACCCUCUGCCAGAGGUUAAGCAGGUUCCCAGACCCACCGAAUCCAGGUCUUGGGGGCAAGCCAGCACAUGAAGUUUGAGAAAUUUGAGAACUGCCCGUUGCAAGGCAAAAGCAGGAGACCCGUCGCUGAUUGGGCUGGGUGAGGCCUGGGGCAAACUGGGAGCACAGGCCGGACCUCUGGAGCACAGCUCUGCCCUGCUCAUUGUGGCCUGCCGGCCGGCCCAAAAACCACAGGGGCUGAGUUUCCAAGAGGGAGGUGUAGAGGUGUGGAUGUGCACAUUUGUGUGUGUGUGCGAAACCGCCUGUUGUUCAAAGUGGCUUUGAUUUUCCCGAAAUCAAAUAAAAGCUGUGUGCUCCA